UCGCCAGUCAAGACAUGGCGGCUCUGAGUAUUGUAAACACGCCAAACAUGCGAUUGUGAAGGUCACUUUUUCCAGACGUCUACUCGUUCAAGCAUUAAUUAUUGUGUUUCGUGACAUACAGAGACACAAAGCCGGUACGCCCAUUGCUUGCAAUACGUUAUAAAACUCGUAUAAUAUAGUCAAACCGCGGUAUACAUGGCUCACGUGGUUGCUCUUAGAUCAGUGCUCCGCGCGAGAAGUUUCUGUGCUAUUUCACGCGGCUGCCGAUGGGAAAGCUCUUCAGUCGGCGGCGAAAAUACCACCAGCGACGUCAAAAACGAUGUCUCAGAAACGAAGAAAAAAGGUGGAUUCGCCGAGGCGUUCCUCAAGUUUCAAGAGUUGUCCAACAAGGGCGAAGCACCCGAGGCACCUCAACGUUUCUCCACCCUUCUCAGAAAUUCCAAGUGGAUCGAUAUUGGUGACCCCGAGGGCAGGAUCGUGAUCGGCAAGGUGUUUCACAUAGUUGAGGAUGACCUGUACAUUGACUUUGGUGGCAAGUUCCACUGUGUAUGCAAAAGGCCUGUGAAGAACCCGGGCGAUUACGUGCGUGGUACCAGGGUACGUCUACGGCUGAACGACAUGGAGAUGUCAUCGCGCUUUCUGGGCGCCGACAAGGAGCUUACCCUGCUGGAGGCCGACGCCACGCUUCUCGGCCUGUACAGGACGCAAGAGAAGAACCCCAAGACUCGGUCCUAGCUAGCUGUUAGCGUUUGUUUUCGUAGCUGUUGUUUACAAAUAAAAGGUCGUCGUCAUAUAGCACA